AAGAAGAAGAAGAAGAAGAAGAAGAAGAAGAAGAAAAAAUACAUGUUGUCUGUGUUCUUAAGAUAGAUACAAUGUGCAAGCUAUUGCACGUACAUACGCACACACAUACAUACAUACACGUUUGUAUGCAUUUCAAGUACACAUACACAUAAUAUGUUUACAUACGUGAAGGGGUGAAAAUUUGUUGUUUAACCACUUAUGACACACAUUUGGGUGUUUAUUAGUAUGUGCGUACACGUGUGUCCGUGCGUUUAAAGUGUAAUUUUUUUAAAAUAUACAUACAUAAAAUAUUAUUAUUAUUUUCAAAGAAUAAUUUUCUUAUUAGUUGGAGGCGACAAAUUAAAAUCACCGAUUCAAUACAACUGGGAUAAAUAUUCUGUCAAGCAUAUUAUAUAUAGAUAUAUAUAUAUAUAUAUACACCCAUAUAUCAUACUAUCAUUAUUAAACCAUAAUCAUUAUUAUAAUGAUGAUCUCAUUCAUAGGAAUACAAAUUAUAUACUGAAAAGAUAAUGAAAAACAAUUGAAGAUAUAAUAAUGGAUCAUAAUACAUUGUUUGCAUUACAAUCUACUUCAUCUAUUGUUAAUAAAUUUAGUCAACACAAUUCAAGAUUAAUGAAAACUGGUUAUAAACGGAUUAGACCAUUAUGUAAUGAAAUGAAUUUGAAGAAAAUGAAUCGGACUGACAAUGAUGAUAAUGAUGUUGAUGAAGAUGAUUCUAUGGAAGAUCAAAGGAUUAAUAUUCAAAAUGAUAAUCUAAAACAACAACAACAAUAUCACCAAGAACAAGAUGUAAUUACACAUCAAUCUGUAUUACAUCGAAGUUUAGCUGAAUGUUUAAAACGUUUAUGUAAUGAAAUACAAUGUAAUCAAUUUUUACCGAUUACAAUGAAUUCAUCAAUGAAUACUGAUACAAUUAACUCAAUCAACAAUGAUUAUACAAAUUGCAUAACUACAUCUAUCACUACUCCUACUCCUACUUCUACUAUCACUGAUACUAAUGUUUCAACUUACCCUAAUCAAGCAUUAGACUUGAGUAUAACAUCAAAUAUGACAUCAAAUGAAAGUAUAUCCAAUGAUUCAUUGAAUAUAAUUAAUACAUUUAAAAACAAUUUAUCACCUUCACCAACAUUAUCUUCAUACUAUUCACUUAAUAGUAAUAGUAAUAACUUUGCUUCACGUACCUUAUCUUCCUCAUCUUCUGAUUCAUCUACUUCAUUGAUGUCUUCAUUCUCAAGUAACACUAUGUCACAACAAGAAUACCAACAAAAGAACACAGUUAGUUUGACAAAUAUCACCAAUCAAACUGAUUCACUUAUAAAUAGUUUAAAUUAUGAAAGUUCUAAUAUUAUUAAUGCUAAUAUUAAUAAUAGUAAUGAUAGUUGUAGCCAACAACAAACUACUCCCUAUGAUUCUUCGAAUAUUAUCAAUACCGCUCAAACAUUAUUAUUUCCUGGCCUUACUUCAACUAUUUUUAAUUUACCUUCAUGUUUAACUUGUACAAAUACAUUAACACCAAUGAAAUCAGUAACAGAUCAAUUAAUCAAAGAGAAAGUUGAACAAGAUGAAAUACAAGAAGAACUUUUUACAAAAAUUUCUAAAGCAAUUUAUUUACAUCAGAAUGAAUUGAGUCAUUAUGAUAAUACUACUACUACUACUACUAAUACUAAUACUACUAAUACUACUAAUAAUAGUAAUAUUAAUAGUAACCCAUCGACUAUUAUCAAUAACAUAUUCAAUCCAACUGAAUUCAUUUUAAAUUAUGCAACAAAUUAUUAUUUACAUGGUAUUCAUCAACCAAUUAAUAAUAAAUAUUUAAUAGAAGAAGAAGAAGAUAUUGUUGAAGGUGAAGAAGGGGAAGAUAUGAAAAAAGAUGAAAUUUCUACAUGUACUAGUCCUGAUGAAACUAUAUUAAAAGAAUUCGAUAAUGAACUAUCUUCAAAACGUGUUGAUUCAUCUGAUAUGGAACAAUUAGACUUGAAAACAACUUCAUUGUGGUUAACAGAAUCAGAUAUCCAUUCUAUACCAAAUCUAGUUGAAUCUAUUAAAAAAUACCAUUCAAAUGAUGAAUGUGGUUUUGAUGUAUGUCGAUCAUCUAAACUAAGAGAACAUUAUCAUUGUAGUAUAUGUAAUAAGAUUAUUCUACGACGUGAAGAAAUGAUAAGACAUGCUAAAUGGCAUAGAAAACGUGAAGAAAGUAUGCAAUAUGGAUUUAUGCGUUAUAGUCCAUGUGAUGAUUGUACCAUUAUUUCUUGUCCACAUAAUGGACGUCAAACACAUUAUCAUUGUAUGCAAUCCAAUUGUGACAAGGUAUAUGUCAGUACAUCAGAUGUACAAAUGCAUGCAAAUUAUCAUCGUAAAGAUGCUGUUAUUAUACAAGAGGGUUUUCAACGAUUUCGUGCAACAGAAGAUUGUGGUAUUACUAAAUGUCCAUUCUAUAAAGAAUGUACCACACAUUUUCAUUGUCGACGUAGUAAUUGUCAUUUUACAUUUAAAAAUAAAGCUGAUAUGGAAAAACACAAAGUACAUCACCAGAAAAAUGAUAGAUUUGCACAAGAUGGAUUUCGUCGUUAUAUAAAAUGUGAAAAUUGUGAUUUUCCCGAUUGUCAAUAUUCUGGAGUAAUAAACCAUAUUCAUUGUAUUCGACCAGGAUGUGAUUAUGUAAUACAUUCAUCUAGUCAAAUUAUGUCACAUAAACGUAAACAUGAUAAACAUAUUACAUCAUUUUCACCUAAUUGCAUCAAUAUAUUAUAUCAUAAUAAUAUAAAUCAAACAUUUUCUUCAUCGAAUAAAAUCAAUAAUAAUAAUAAUAAUCAUAAUAAUAAUAAUGAAGAUUUAAUCAAUAAUAAUAAUAAUAAUAAUGAAAUCAAUAAAAAUAAUAAUUUCAAUAUUGAUCCUACAUUAAUUGAUUCAUUAGAAAUACAUAAAUCAAUAUUAAUUCCAUUAAAUAAUAAUUUAAAACAAUCAUUUAAAAAUCAAUCAAUAUUAUUAUCUAAUCAUAAUUUAAAUUAUGAACAUAAUUUAAAUUUAAAUUUAAAUUCAAAUUUUAAUCAUAUUGAUUUAUUAUUUACAAAUGAUUAUUUAAAUAAAAUUAUAAAAUUUAUUAAUUUAUGUAUAUAUCAACGUAAUCAUUGGGAAAAAUCAUUAAUUAAUAAUUUUAAUUAUGAAAAUUUAUUAUUAUAUAAAAAAAUUGAUAAAAUUCUUAUAACUAUCUAUCAAUCAUAUAAUCAAUAUACAAAGAAAUGUUCAUGGCCAAAAUGUCAUUCAAAUAUCAAUAUUGAUAUAGCAAUACCAACAACAACCCCUACUACUAAUACUACUACUACUACUACUAAUAGUAGUAGUAUUAAUAGUAAUGAUAGUAAUUUUAAUGGUAAUGAUAAUGAUAACAAACAACAAUAUGAAAAAUGUUUAAAACCUUGGUGUAAAUAUUGGUUAUCUCAUUUAUGGGAUAUAUGUUUAUCAUAUUAUACAUAUAUAGAAUGUAAUCAAUUGAAUUGUUCAAUGAAAUCUACUACUACUACUACUAAUACUACUGAUAAUAAUAAUAAUGGUCAUAUACAUUGUUAUUAUUGGCCAAAAUGUAAUUUUAUUCAUUCUAUAAAAGAUUUAAAUUUUCAAUUAUUAUAUGAACAUUUAUUAACACAUAAUGAACAAUUAAUAAAUAAAUUAAUAAAUUUAAUUCAUAAUUAUAAACAAUUCAAUUAUAAUGAAAAUCAAAUAAAUUAUUAUUAUGUUGCUAUGGAUACAACUUUAAUCAAUUCAAAACGUAGAGGUAGACCACCAAAAUAUGCUAAACAUAUAUAUGUACCACAUAUUAAUCCACCUGAACAUUUAUGUAUUGAUAAUAAAUAUACUACUGAUUUAACUUAUUCAAUGUUUUUUGAUACAUUAGAAUUUGAUAAUAAAACAAUAUUACGUAAUCCAUAUGAUUAUAAUAAUAAUCCAUUUAAACAUAUAAAAUAUGCUGUAAAAUUAUAUUUAACUGGUGAAAUAUGCCCAGAUAUUAAUUGUCCAUAUUAUAUUACCCAAGAACAACAUUAUCAUUGUGUUAAACCAAGAUGUUAUAUGGCAACAAAUAAUUUAGAUUUAAUCAAUAUACAUCGUCGUGAAUUUCAUCAAUAUCAUAUAAUUGAAAAUGGUUUUGAAUAUUAUGAUAUUAGUAUUAAUUGUCGUCGUCCUAUAUGUCAUAAUAAUAAAAUUAAUAAACAUUUUCAUUGUUGUUAUCCAAAUUGUGAUUAUACAUUUAUACGUGCUAAUACAAUGAAACAACAUAUAAAAAAACAUACAGAAAAUUUAAAAAAAUCUAUAAAAAAUAUAAAAAAUAAAAAUAAUCAAUUCAUUGCUACCAUGGUAACAAAUAAUAUAUCAAAAUUAUUUCCACAAUCAAAAGAAUUACCUAUAACAUUAAAUAAUAUACAUAAUGAAAAUAUGGGAAAUCAUUCAUUAUUAUCGAUUAAUAAUAAUAAUAAUAUAAUAAUAAAGAAAGAUUGUAUAGAAGAUUCAUCAUUACCUGAAUGUUUACCAAUUUGGGCUCCUACUGCUGUUUCUGCUGCUGCUGCUGCUGCUAUGGUUACAACUAUUAAUGAUGUGAAAAAAAUAGAAUCAAUGAGUUCAUCAAUAAAAAUAGAUUGUUCAUCGAAAUGUACAAAUGAAUAUAGUACAGGACAUAAUCUCGUUCAAGAAUUAACUAUCCACUAUCAAUUCACUGAGAAAAAUAAUCAAUUUUCAAUAUUAUGGCUGUUUAUAAUAGAGUAAAGAAAUUGUUUUGUUUGAUUUAUAGGCCACCGACCAGCAUUCUCAAAUCCACUGUCUUCUGGAUAUUCCUUUAUAGUUCAAUCCAGUUGUUGUUCAUUUUUCUCAUGUCUGUCUCCAUUUCUCGGAGUAAUGUGUUCAUCGGUCUUCCUCUUUUCCUUUGGCCUUUAGGAUUACAUGUGACGGCUUGCCUUGUGACGCAGUUAGGUGGUUUCUUCAAUGUUUGUCCUAACCACUUACAGCGCUUCUUCCUGAUUUCUUUUUCCUUUAUAAUCUGAUUUGUUCUCUCCCAUAGUAGGUUGUUGCUGACAAUGUCUGACCAAUAGAUCCGAAGUAUUUUGAGUAGACAACGAUUAAUAAACACUUAUAUCUUCUGGAUGAUGGAUUUCGUAGUUAUUCAAGUUUCCACCCCAUACAGUAAAACUGCCUUGACAUUCUAAUAAAUAAAUAAUAUAUUUGUAAUAUCC